CCUGAUCUCAUGUCGUCUGUAAAUAGAGAAGGACACCUUUUUUUGGUCUGAUUUCUUCAAUCGAGUUUAUGCCUUCACCGCUCGCCUCUUAGACUUGGACUAGAAACAGCCAUCCUCCUCCAUCUAGACACAAUGGCAGCACACCCUCUUCAGCGACUCACGUCGCCCUCCCGUUCCGUCUCACUUCUUCUUCACGUUCUUGGUUUGGCCUCAUUCAGCUACAACUUCCACUUCCUGACAGUGUGGGAGACGCCUCUUUCCGUAUCAUAUGGCUGGCAUUUCCAGUUUCUCACCAUCAUUGGUCUCACUGCAUCUCUCAUCGCCUUUGCCCUUGGAGUCUUAGCCGACCUCACUCUGAGCCAUGCGCUUUUCCAAGCCAAGAAUGCCGUGGCCGUCCUCGCUACGCCUCUAGAGGUUGUCAUUUCAAUUCUCUACUGGGGCAUUAGGUUCAUCGACCCCAAUCUACUCAUGGCCGGCGACUUUGUUCUAGACAUGUUGCCGGAUAUCGGCUUCCACCUCGCGCCGGCCGUCUUUUUGACACUUGAUCUGAUUCUCCUGAGUCCGCCGUGGACUAUCCCGGCCUACACCAUCAUGGCAAUCAGCACGGUUAUUGCGUUUGCUUACUGGUAUUGGGUUGAGCUUUGCUUCAGCCACAACGGAUGGUACCCAUACCCUCUGUUUGAGCUUCUAUCUACUGAGCAGCGUGUACUGUUGUUCACCUUUUCGGCUGGUUUGGUUACCGUCUCAUCCUCAUGCCUCAAGUGGGUUUAUGCGCGAGUCAACGGCUACCAAGCUGCUCAAAAGGAGGCUCACAAGCCCCUCAAGAAGGUCCAAUGAUUUCUCUACAGUGACUAGGCCAGUCGUUAGCACGAAAAGCCAUAGGGUUUUGCAAACUUGGGCAGAAAUGUAUGAAUAAGAGAAUGGAGGCUUAUGGUGACACUUGUCAUGAUGGCAGUGUGCAAGAGCAAGAGUGGCAUGAAGACAGCGAGAGAGAAAUAAGGCGAAAGAUGACAGAGACGGAUACACAGAACUUCUACGACCUAGAAUAGACGGCAUGGAUAUAGGUGAAAAUCAUUCCCGACACCUGCAGAUAUUGGCAUAUUGAAGGAUAGAGAAGACAUGGUCUCAUGAAGCUGUGGAUUAAGGAUGUGGGUUGAGCUACGCCGACGACUUUGUGCCAUCGGUGUAGCCUUGUAGUAUAAGAAGAUGAAAACGAUACAUUCAUUUAUCUAAAUAUUG